AUGAGCUCUCCCGCCAUCCAAUUCUCUCCAGCCCCAUCAGACCAUCGUCCCACCAAGCCCUCGUCGAUGCAAGAAUUAACUCUGGACAUUGUCCGGUGCUCUCGCUGUCAACAAUCCCUCAGCCUCGCCAGCCAGUCAACUGGAUCGGGCGUGGUUCAGUUCGGCAUGAACUCCUACUAUUGCCACCGCUGUGCCUCCAAAGUGGGCUUCCUCCGAUGA